AUGUUGCAAUCACUUUUCCUUGCCAGCGCCCUGGCAGUCGGUAUCUACGCCCAGUCAACUCCUGACCCUGCUCUCACAGCAAACGGAGCUUUCCAACACCUCGGCUGUGUAGCCAUCAGACCUGGAACCUUUCCUCGACAGCUCAACCUAGGUCAGACGGGGUGUGCUUCAACUUGCUCAUCAAACGGGAACAUCAUCGGAUUUCGUGGAAAUAGCUGUGUCUGUGACCGGCUCGACCUAUCCGAUCGUCCUAUCACGUACCGCGUUGUCAAGGUAGACAACUCCCUCUGCACUCAAUGGUGUGACCCAGCCGAUAAGUCCAAGGGGACAUGCGGAGGUGCUUCGGUACAAGGAUGGCCCAUCUACGAUCUGUACAAGAGAAACAACGCUCAGAUCGUUUAUGAGAAUUUCCCGAGCGCAACGCCAACUCCCAUGUCUAGCGUUUAUCCUCCUGCUCCGACUGGUGGGCCCAAGCCCGGUGAUGUUUGGCACGAGUGCCCACCUCACGUUGUUGACUGCCCCUAUCGCAACAAGUGUCCCAAUGGGAAGUGCAAUUAUGUACCCAAGCCCAUUGUCAAGCCUUGUUAUGGGUGUUCUUACAACGGUACUGGAAACUGGACGGCUCCUACUUGCCCCCCUGGUGGUUGCGGCAAUGGUAGUAAGCCAGCCCCAGCUCCAGUUCCAGUUCCCGUCCCGGUCCCCAACCCUCCUUGCAAGGACGGCUGUAAUAAUGGGAAUGGAGGUAACGGCGGAAACGGAGGUAACGGCGGCGAUGGUAGCAACGGCGGAAACGGCGAUAAUGGGGGUAACGGUGGUGAUGGUGGCUCAGGAGGUAACGGUGGUAGUGGCGGUAACGGAGGAAACGGUGGAAAUGGAGGCAAUGGAAGCUCUGGGGGGAAUGGAGGAUCCAGUGGUGGUGACAGUUCAGGAAAUGGCUCUGACGGUCAAGAUGACUCUGGUGGAAAUGGAGGGGACACACCUCCCGUUAUCGUCAACUCGGCGGUCAAGAUCCAAAGCGCAAGCUUUAUAUCUUUCUUUCUAACACUCUCUUUGGCCUCCAUCCUUUUAUAG